AUGCGGAUCAUGUGGCUCGGAGCACAGAGCGCGAGCGAGAAAGAGACUGGUCCAGUGUGGGAAAAAAUCCGAAGGGAAGCAAAGCGGGCAACGCUGUCAAAAUCAUUCCAACCCGACCGCGCCGUGCUGUUGAGCCUCAUUGCCGUUCUCAGCGUCCGCAAGCCUGAUUUUCUCCUUUCUUGGUGGAUGUGUUCUGGUAGCCUCGUCGUGUUCCAUCAUUCUCCGCCUUACGGCCUUCUUCACAUUGAUCACUUCUCCACCAUCACCAUCAACGAAAAGCAGUCACGUCUGCACACUCAUCGUCUCGUCCUCUCCACUACCAACUCUUUCCUGUUUUUCUGCUCCCAGUUUCUUCCCAACGCGCACCCAACACCUUGCUAG